ACAAGGAAUGAUGAAAAGUGGAAAGAAAAAGAAAGGAAAAAGAAAUCCAAGAAAACAAAAAGUAUAGGGCAGAGCCAGACAAAGGAAAAAUACUGUUAACUGAGAGAGAGAGAGAGAGAGAGAGAGAGAGAAAUUGCAAAUAAAGGACAUGAAAGCCAAGCUGCAGGCUAUAGAGGAAGAGGGACUGGGAGAGAGGAGUCCACUGAUAUUAGUAGUAGCUGCGGAGGAAGGGAGAAGACAGAGUUGUAGUUUCUCUCUCAUUCUUUCAUUCUUAGUACCCAAAUCAUCAUAAUCAUGAAACACCCUCUGCGCCCAGCACUCUCAAAAAGUAUCAUCUCUCUCCAUCAAAACCUUCCUUCCCUUAAAUUUGCCUCUCUUUACUUCACAUCUCUCUCAAACACAAUCCCCACUUCCCCAUAACCAUGAAACCUCCUUUCUUUUUGUCUCUAACAUUCUCUUCCUCCUACUUACUUCAAACAUUUCUGCUACUCUUCUAUGCCACCGCUCAGCCGCUUCAACUCCGUGCUUUACUCUCCCUCAGAUUAUCCCUCCGAGACCCUCUUGAUACCUUCCAUGGCUGGGAUCCCACCAGAACGUCUUCCAAGCCUAAAGGCCCAGUUUGGUGUUCCUGGUCUGGCAUCAAAUGCGACCCUAGGACUGCUCAAAUCACAACGCUUGAUCUUUCUUCCCGAAGUCUUUCUGGUGUGAUUCCGGAUGAAAUCCGGCACUUAAACAGCUUAAUCCACUUGAAUUUGAGCUUAAAUGCUUUUACGGGGCCUCUCCCACCAGUCAUUUUUGAACUGACUCAGCUCAGGACUAUUGAUAUUAGCCACAACAACUUCAAUUCCACAUUUCCACCUGGAAUUUCCAAGCUCAAGUUCCUAAGAGUCUUCCAUGCAUACAGCAACAAUUUCACCGGUCCAUUGCCAAAAGAGUUCAGCUCACUUCGCUUCUUGGAGCGGCUCAACCUCACCGGAAGCUUCUUUCAAGGAGAGAUUCCCCCCGAAUAUGGUAAUUUUCAGAGACUCAAGUUUCUGGGCUUAGCUGGAAAUUUGUUAGAAGGACCGUUGCCCCCUCAAUUAGGAUCCUUGAGCCAGCUUGAGCGGAUGGAGAUUGGAUACAAUAAUAUGCUGACAGGCAGAGUACCAGAGGAGUUUGCAUUGUUAUCUAAUCUCCUAUACCUGGAUAUCUCAGCAUGUUCUCUCUCGGGUAAUCUCACCCAGGAACUUGGAAAUCUAACGAAACUGGAAAUGCUGUUACUUUUUCAGAAUCAGUUUACUGGUGAAAUCCCGGUGUGUUUUUCAAAUUUAAAAGCUCUAAAGGUUCUUGAUUUGUCUGAUAAUCAACUUAAGGGCAAGAUUCCAGUGGAAUUGUCUUCUUUGAAAGAGCUAACCAGAGUGAGCUUGAUGAGAAAUCAAUUCAGUGGCGAAAUACCGGAAGGAAUAGGUGAGCUGCCAAAUCUUGAAGCUCUGUAUCUCUGGAACAACUCGCUAACUGGAAUUCUCCCGCAAAAACUCGGCUCAAACGGCAAGUUACAGUGGCUGGACGUGUCUUCCAACUCUCUAACUGGUCCAAUCCCACCAAAUAUUUGUCAAGGAAAAAAACUAUUAAAGCUCAUACUUUUCUCAAACAAGUUUGUUGGAAUUCUCCCAGAAUCGCUAGCAAACUGUACCUCUUUGUCCAGGGUCCGAAUUCAAGACAACCAACUAAACGGUUCAAUCCCAUAUGGCUUCGGGCUCUUGCGGAAUCUAACAUACGUCGACCUGAGCAAGAACAACUUCACAGGUGACAUCCCUCACGAUCUUCACAAUGCACCGCAGCUACAGUACUUAAAUAUCUCCGAGAACUCUUUCCACAGCAAUUUGCCAAGUAACAUAUGGAGCACACCGAGUUUACAAAUAUUUUCGGCCAGUUCAAGCAAACUCACCGGAAAAAUCCCUGAUUUUAUCGGGUGUAGUAGCUUGUACAAGAUUGAAUUGCAAGAUAAUUCGUUCAGCGGUGGCAUUCCUUGGGAUAUUGGACAUUGCGAGAAGCUUAUUAACUUGAAUUUGGGCGGCAAUUCUCUCACCGGCAUAAUCCCAUGGGAAAUUUCAACGCUUCCAGCAAUCACCGAUGUCGAUCUUUCUCAUAACUUUUUAACGGGCUCAAUUCCUUCUAAUUUCGAGAACUGCACUACUUUAGAGAACUUCAAUGUGUCCUAUAAUCGCUUAACAGGACCAAUUCCGGGCUCUGGUUUAUUUCCAAACUUGCAUCCGACAUCCUUUUCCGGUAACGACGGGCUCUGCGGCCGCGUUUUGGCCAAGCCUUGUGCGACAGACACGCUUUCAGUAGGCGACGUCGAGGUCCACCGGCGAGAACAGCCAAAGAAGACAGCAGGAGCGAUCGUAUGGAUAAUGGCGAUCGCGUUUGGCAUUGGACUAUUCGUGCUGGUUGCUGGGACCAGGUGCUUCCACGCGAAUUAUAACAGAAAGUUCAGCGACGAUCGCGAGAUCGGACCGUGGAAAUUAACAGCCUUCCAACGCUUGAAUUUUACGGCUGACGAUGUCCUAGAGUGCCUAUCCAUGACCGAUAAGAUCAUAGGAAUGGGUUCAACAGGCACAGUGUACAAAGCCGAGAUGCCAGGUGGCGAGAUCAUAGCGGUGAAAAAGCUGUGGGGCAAGAACAAAGAAAAUAUCAGGCGGAGGAGAGGGGUUCUAGCUGAGGUGGAUGUGCUUGGAAAUGUAAGGCAUAGAAAUAUAGUGAGAUUGUUAGGGUGCUGCAGCAACAGGGAGUGCACAAUGCUGCUUUACGAGUACAUGCCAAAUGGAAAUUUAGAAGAUUUAUUGCAUGGAAAAAAUAAGGGAGAAAAUCUAGUGGCUGACUGGUUUACAAGGUACAAGAUCGCUCUAGGAGUAGCUCAGGGCAUAUGUUACCUUCACCACGACUGUGAUCCGGUGAUCGUGCAUCGCGAUCUGAAGCCUAGUAAUAUCUUAUUGGACGGUGAGAUGGAAGCAAGAGUGGCAGAUUUUGGGGUGGCCAAAUUGAUACAAAGCGACGAAUCCAUGUCGGUAAUUGCCGGAUCUUAUGGUUACAUCGCUCCAGAGUAUGCUUAUACGUUACAAGUAGAUGAGAAGAGUGAUAUCUAUAGCUUCGGAGUGAUGUUAAUGGAGAUUAUCAGCGGGAAAAGAUCAGUUGAUGCUGAGUUUGGUGAUGGUAAUAGCAUUGUGGAUUGGAUAAGGUCUAAGAUCAAGAGUAAGGAUAGUAUCAAUGACAUUUUGGAUAAGAAUGCUGGGGCAUGUAUAGCAUCUGUAAGGGAGGAAAUGAUGCAAAUGCUUAGAAUUGCACUGCUAUGCACUAGCCGGAAUCCGGCGGACCGACCCUCGAUGAGGGAUGUUGUGUUGAUGCUCCAAGAAGCCAAGCCCAAGAGAAAAUUGCCUGGAUGUGUAGUUAGCGGUGGUGAUAACUUGGUUACUGCUGGUGGUGCUAUUGCACAAAAGCCUGCUGUGGAAUGUUUAUAUGAUUAGUUUUUACUUACUGGCUUCAUCUUUUUUUUUUUUUUUAAUAAUCUUUCUUUUACGUUAUUUUUCAAAUGGUGAGGGGAUUGGUAUAGGAGAAGUGAUUUUUCUUUAUUUAUAAUGAAAAUUUCAAGUGUUAUUGUCAUAAUUUAUUUUUCAAAUGGUGAGGGGAUUGGGAUAUUAGCUUUU